AGCAGAUGAACCGGCAGCCAAUCAGAAUCCGAGCUUGAGGCGGCAUCUGAGCGCUGAUUGGCCAGUCGCACCUCGAACUCCAGCUCUUAUUGAUGCGUUUGCUGCGAAGCUAACGUUCACUCUCUCUUUCUGGGUUACUGUAGUUUUAUCGGCUUCAUCUCCGUAAAAAAGCCGGACUCUCUUUUUCUACUCGUCUGCCUCUGUUUUGAGCAUCACCAAACCGCAGACACGAUGACGGAGGCGUUGGAGAAGAAGCAACAGCACAAGGCGAGCAACGGAAAUGUUCUUUCAGAGGCCCCCAGAGAAGACGUGUUUGAUCACACAUACAAAGAGAAAGAAGGCCCCAAACCUCCCUCCCACAUCGUUUGGAAAAAUGUCUUUAUGAUGACUCUAUUGCAUAUAGGUGCCGCGUACGGCGCGCUCCUCGUCCCUUCAGCAUCUAAGUUGACCUUGCUUUGGUCUUCACUUUGUUUCUUGAUAAGUGCUUUAGGAGUUACUGCAGGAGCUCAUCGCCUGUGGAGUCACAGAUCCUACAAGGCCUCAUUACCUCUAAAGAUCUUUCUUGGUGUUGCUAACUCCAUGGCAUUUCAGAACGAUAUCUACGAGUGGGCUCGAGACCACAGGGUUCACCACAAAUAUUCAGAGACAGAUGCUGACCCUCAUAACGCCGUCCGGGGGUUCUUCUUUUCUCACAUUGGCUGGCUGAUGGUGCGUAAACACCCCGACGUCAUCGAGAAAGGACGCAAGCUGGAACUCCAUGACCUGUUGUCCGACAAAGUUGUUAUGUUUCAAAGGAAGUAUUACAAGCUGUCCGUGCUGCUCAUGUGCUUCUUCGUCCCCAUGGUCGUGCCUUGGUACCUGUGGGGGGAGACUCUGUGGGUGGCGUACUUCAUCCCGGCUCUGCUGAGGUACACAUUGGUGCUGAACUCCACCUGGCUGGUGAACAGCGCGGCUCACAUGUGGGGGAACAGGCCCUAUGACAAGACCAUUAAUCCCAGGGAGAACAAGUUUGUCACGUUCAGUGCUAUAGGUGAGGGAUUUCACAACUAUCACCACACGUUCCCCUUUGACUAUGCAACCAGCGAGUUUGGCUGCAAGUUGAACAUUACCACUUGUUUCAUCGACACCAUGUGCUUCUUCGGCCUGGCCAAGGACCGCAAGAGAGUAUCCCACGAGUUGGUCAAGUCCCGACAACAGCGCACCGGAGACGGAAGCCCCCGGAGUGGCUAAGAUUGAUGAGUCGCGGUCAGCUUCGAAGGCAAAACAACCGAAAAGAAGAAGAAGAAGCUUCACAGUCCUUUGACAGCUAUACAUUUCCCAUCCUCUGAGGAUAAAGGUCAUCGUCAUGAGGGCCUUGACCACAUUUUGCUUGUUUUUGUGGUUUUUGUAGCUGUAACUAAACAAAUUGUUCAAUAUGGAUAAAAAAAACAAAACCCCUACCGCUAAGCUCUUGGCCUCAGUUUCUAUUGUUCAGUCAGGCCAAGGUCUUUCAAAGAUGUUUUAGAUUUGAAGUAGAUACAUUUCAAAAGUCAACUUCAUUCUCCGCUGUUUUUGCCACUUUGGUGUGCAUCCGUCAUUCAAGGUCAGUCAUGUAGCCGAUCGUUUUUAUGUAAGUAUUACUCAAUUAUUAAUCAAGAAUAGACAAGAAGUGGAUUACUGAAAAAAAAAUGGAGUAACAAUGUUCCAACUGAUAAGAUAAUGAUUGGAGACUGUUUUUACCGUACUGAUAAACAGUCAACUUUCAGCGCUUUAAAGAUCUGAGAAAAAAGGGAUGAGAGUUUGAAUCAUGCUUUGUGAAAAAGCUGCUGGCUUUAAUGAAAUAUGGCACUUGAUGGAAGAGUGAGGGAACCCAGACCUUCUUCUUAUAACCUGACUAUACUGUCAUACGGUGUGUUGCAGUGCGUAACUUGGUUUUCUCCCGCAGAAAACUGAAUCAAAAAUGUAGAAAAGUCAAAGAUUAACACAUACUGUAUUCUUAGUCUGUGUAGUAAUUGGAUCGAGUUUUCUCAAGACAAUAUAACUGACACAUUUAUCAUUCAAUUAAAACUGCCGUUCAAUAUUAACAGUAAAUGAUAAAUGUACUUUUAACUACGAUCCAUGCAAUGUUUAAUCAACUUUUUUUGUGUUUUUAAUGAAUAUAUCAUAGUGCCAAGAGCGUGCCAAUUAUCAACAUUUAUAACCAUCGUAGUGGUCCAGUAGAGCACACUUGAGUCGAUAUUGCUUCUUCACUCAACAUCAUUGUGGAAGUUUUUUGACAUUGUGGCAUCAGUGGCUUUGCUUCCUCUUUUAUCCAACACGUCCCUCUUUUGUCCAGAAACAUCUGCAGCAGCGAUCUCAUUGGUCGAUGUAGCAGCCAGUCAUGUGACAGUUCUGGUGUUACAAAACAACAUGCCACCCAUGCAUGAUGAUAUACUGUAGUAGGUGUUGUGGUGAGGUGUUUUAUCAGUGACUCUAAUGGCAGAGCUGUGUCUAUUUUUGUAACGUACUGUGCAGCUGCGUCGCUUUUGGAUCAUCAGAACUGUUGCCGUGGUGAUUUCUGAGACAGGGUCUGGUUUCCCUUUGAUGUCCUACAAAGCUGAUUGUCUUUGCUAAAUUUCAGAUGCAUUGAUGUUUAUGGUCAUCUUCAAUUCUGGUGUGUGGAAUGGUUUUCUUAUCUUAUGUAUUUAUUUUUAGUCUUUCCCCUUAUUGACUACCUUUUUUUUAUUGAUCUAACCUCAACCAGUUUUCUGCACUCCAAGAUUUGGCAGUAAAAUAUAUCAAAUUUUGAGCACCUGUUUAUUUUUUCCCCAAGAGUCAGGAUACAACCUAAUGCCUUAUGACUUGCAUCCAUUCCUGAUCUUCUUCACGUCCUGUCAGUGAAGACAAAAAGGCUCAAAACAAAUCUGACCGAAGUCCAUGUUUACAGGCUGAAGCCCCAGAUUGUUUUUAUUCUGAAAACACAUUUAAUUUAGGCAAAUGGUAGCAUGAUAACAUCAAAACGCUGUAAGCUCAAAUAGAUAGAGGUUCAUAUUCGAAGAAACUGACACAAAUUAAAACUGCCUGAUGCAAAAGUUCAAUCAUUAGGUUUAACUUGUAACACGUGGGCCCUGAUAUGCCAACUAUAGUUCCAACCCAUCACGGCAUCGCAGUAAUAAAACCUCCAGACAAAGGUGCUCAUGUCAUGAGGGAUGUUAGAGCAUCAUCAGAACACUUGUAUUAAAACUCCUGCUGCCCAGAAGGAUCUAAAGGUUGUCAGUUCGAAUGAUCUCAACUGUAUACUAUUCUGAAAUAAAAGUUCACGAUAUUUUCAAUACACGUAAUUCCAUUAA